AUGAAGAUGAACCAGCACACCGAAAAGGUUAUCAAAAAACUAAAACAAGUCAGAGGAGCACUCGGCCCAAUAAUAGGAUACAAUGCGAAGACCGAACUAGACACGAAACUGGCCAUCAUACAGGGCUGUAUCUUACCGCUGAUGGACUACGGAGUAGUACAACUUCUCUCUAGGUAUAGCGCAACAAAUCUAAGUAAAAUCGAACGCCAAUACAGAAUGGCACUGAAAACGGCUGCACAACUACCAAGACGAACACCCACAGAAGCGAUCUGGGAGAUGGCUGAUAUAGAAGCCUGGCAUCUACGCGCAGAGGACCUUAAUACCAAGAUGCUGGAAACCAUCGCAAAAUUACAAACAGAAGAUCUUGAAUUUCCUGGUGACGCCUACCAAGCGAAAGACGAAUUCAACCCCCUUACGAUUAAUCAUAGAAUAGGCGAAAUAUUGUAUGACCCUAAUAAAAAAGGACACAGACGGUGGCCUGCUGAUAAAACAAAGACUCCGCGUCCUCUUAAAAUAAAA